AGUGGAAGAAGACAGUUUUCAGGAUCGCAAAUCUUAGGAUUUCAUUACUGCAGGGGAUGUUGCAAAGUCUUUCCUCAGAAGAACACUACCAGAUUUGUAUGAACUCACCCGCAACUUAGAGCUUUAUCCCUUUACGCUAUGUUUUUAGAGAUUUGAUUUUGAAGAACAACUCAGUGGCUUUGUAUAAGGUUCAUUUUUUUUUGUUCCUUCUCGUGGUUCUGUGGUGCCUCCCUUGGGAGCGGAGGACCGUUCGGUCUCCUUGGAUGAACACGACGAAUUCGUACUUUAAAAGAAAAUUUGGUGCGGUCUGCAUUUAAUCAAGGAGUGAUGUACAUAACUCGGAUAAAGUCAAGACUUUUUGGGAAAAAUUUUGUGCUGUUUUUGUUAAUGUGCUGCCCGCUUAUCGGAGAGAUUUCAACAGAUGUAGCUCAACAGUCUGAUCCACUUGGCUCCAUUGAACCCGAAGGAGACCAGCACAGUCCUUUGCCUACAGCUAAAGGUUAUUUUCUGACCUUUCUGGCACCUGUGAACAAUAUUACUAUAGUACAAGGACAGACUGCAACUUUGCACUGCAAAGUUGCAGGCAACCCAAUUCCAAAUAUAAGAUGGUUGAAAAAUGAUGCUCCAGUUUUCCAAGAAGCAAGACGGAUCACAAUAAGAAAAACAGAAUAUGGUUCUCGCCUGAGAAUUCAAGACCUGGAUACAACAGACACAGGCUAUUACCAAUGUGUUGCAUCUAAUGGCAAUAAAACCAUCACAGCUACUGGGGUGCUUUAUGUGAAACUUGGUCAGUCUCCAACUCAUAGUCCACAUCACAGUUCACAUGAUGAAGACAAUGAAGAUGGAUUCUGUCAGCCAUACAGAGGAAUUGCAUGUGCUCGAUUCAUUGGAAAUCAAAGCAUUUAUGUGGAUUCCCUCCAAAUGCAGGGAGAAAUUGAAAACCGUAUUACUGCUGCAUUUACUAUGAUUGGUACUUCCACCCAUCUCUCAGAUCAGUGUUCACAAUUUGCCAUUCCGUCUUUUUGUCACUUCGUGUUCCCCCUCUGCGAUGACAAUUCCCGUCAUCCCAAACCACGGGAAUUAUGCCGAGAUGAAUGCGAAGUUUUGGAAAAUGAUCUGUGUAGAACAGAAUACAUUAUUGCAAGAUCAAACCCACUCAUUCUUAUGCAGCUUCAGUUGCCAAACUGUGAGGAUCUGCCACUGCCGGAAAGCCCAGAGGCUGCAAGCUGCAUGAGAAUUGGAAUUCCUGUGGAUAGGAUUAACAGAUUUGGCUAUACAGAUCAUCAAUGCUACAAUGGCAGUGGAGCAGAUUACAGAGGAACAGUCAGCGUGACCAAAUCAGGAUACAAGUGCCAGUUGUGGAAUUCCCAAUAUCCUCACACUCAUCAGUUUAGCAGUUUGGAGUAUCCAGAACUUGGAGGUGGCCAUGCUUACUGUCGAAAUCCAGGUGGACAAAUGGAUGGACCAUGGUGCUACACACAGAGCGAAGCUCGUCUUGAACUCUGUGAUAUUCCUGCCUGCCAUCCACAUGAAAAUAGCAAAAUGGAAAUCCUCUACAUACUUGUCCCUAGCAUUGCCAUUCCACUGGUCAUAGCUUUGUUAUUUUUCUUAAUCUGUAUGUGUCGAAACAAACACAAGACAUCUACACCUUCUCCUCAGCGGCGCCAGCUAAUGGCAUCUCCCAGUCAGGAUAUGGAGAUGCCACUCAUCAGCCCUCACAAACAGGUGAAACUGAAAGAUAUCUGUCUGUCUGCAGUGCGAUUUAUGGAAGAACUUGGAGAGGAUCGGUUUGGGAAAGUGUAUAAGGGACAUUUGUACAGCACAGGCCCUGGUGAACAAGCACAAGUUAUAGCAAUUAAAACUAUGAAGGAUAAAACUGAAGUGACACUUAGAGAAGAAUUCAAACAUGAAGCUCUGUUGCGAUCCAGGCUACAACAUCAAAAUAUUGUUUGCCUUCUUGGUAUAGUGACUAAGGAACAACCCAUGAGUAUGAUCUUUUGUUAUCCUUCCCAAAGUGACCUCCAUGAAUUUCUAGUGAUGCGGUCACCACAUUCAGAUAUUGGAAGCAGUGAUGAUGACAGGACAGUGAAGUCUGCGCUGGAACCAGCUGACUUCCUGCACAUUGUGACUCAGAUUGCCGCUGGCAUGGAAUACUUAUCCAGCCACCAUGUCAUACACAAGGAUCUGGCAACCAGGAAUGUCUUGGUCUGUGAUAAACUCCACAUAAAAAUAUCUGAUUUGGGCAUCUUCAGAGAGGUUUACUCUGCAGAUUACUACAAGCUGAUGGGAAGUUCACUUCUACCGAUCCGCUGGAUGCCACCUGAAGCUAUAAUAUAUGGCAAAUUUUCUGUUGAUUCUGACAUAUGGUCUUUUGGGGUAGUGGCAUGGGAAGUAUUUGGCUAUGGCUUGCAACCGUAUUGUGGGUAUUCAAAUCAAGAUGUCAUAGAAAUGAUAAGAAACCGUCAUGUAUUGCCCUGUCCAGAUGAUUGCCCAGCCUGGAUAUACAGUCUGAUGCUGGAAUGUUGGAAUGAAUUUCCAUCAAGAAGACCACGGUUUAAAGAUAUCCACACAAGACUGCGAACAUGGGAAAAUCUGUCCAAUUAUAAUAGCUCGGCUCCUCCUUCUGGGGGCAGCAAUGCAACACAGACUAGCUCUCUCAGCACCAGCCCUGUCAGUAAUGUUAGCAAUACAAGAUAUGUGGGACCAAAGCAAAAAACACAUUUUCCACCACCUCAGUUCAUACCUGUAAAGGGACAGAUACGACCAAUGGUUUCUCCACCCCAAUUGUACAUUCCAGUAAAUGGUUAUCAGCCAAUGCCAGCCUAUGGUGCCUAUUUGCCAAAUUAUUAUCCAAUGCAUAUCCAGAUGCAGAUGGCUCAACAGUUACCCCCACAAAUGAUACCAAAGACAGGUUCCCAGAAUAGUGGAAGUGGCUCCACAAGCACAGGUUAUGUAACAACUGCACCCUCAAAUGCGUCUGGAACAGAUCGUAUUGCUUUGAUCCAAGAUCAGUCAAAUGGCAUGGAGGAUGAGCCUAAUGAACCCACUAUUGCAGAUGAAGUACCUGCUUCUGAGAGUCUCCAAGAUGAAGAAAUGUUGGUACCGGAAACAGAAUUACUUGGUGAUGCUGACCUACCACAAACAGCUGAUGUGGAAACAGAAACAGAAGCAUAAACUAUUUUUUCCAGAAAAAGUUGCUCAAUUAUUACUAAAACAUGAGUGAUAGUAACAGAAAGAAUGUGAAACAACAAAGUGUUAAAGUUAUAAAUUUUUAUUAUUUCUCUUUUAAAAAAGUUUAUUUUCAUUAAUGACAUGGGUACAAUUUAUCUAUACCUUGCCAUUUUAUGUUAGCCUCCCCUGGAAUUUGCAGCUGGCACAGUAAGAAAACCCUGAUUCUUACAACUUAUAUUCGCUUUUCAGUGGAAUGCAUGUAGGUGGCAAAAGUAGGUGCAUUGCAGAUUUGAAAUAUUUUACUGAGGUUUGUGACUCGACUGAAUGAGUAGUUUUGAUUUCCUAAUGUUGCUGUGCAACUUUAUAUUUAAUGUGUUACAUAAAUAUUGCUCGACAAUGUAUGUUUACACAUUGAACUGUAAUAAAACACACUUCAUGAAGUAAAAGCUAAUGUAUGGGAGAACAGAUCCUCCAGCCACAAGUGACUAAAUAAAACAAAAAUACUCAGUGGAGGUACUUUCAUUGUACACAUUUGUACACUAGAAUAGCAUUAGGAAUAGGAAUUUUAUAAAUAUGUUAGUAGAAUACAAAGAAAUGGCAUUCUGAUUACUCUAACAGUAUUGCAAAUGCCUCCUUGCUCCCAGUAGUCAAUCAACUUGUGACUGAAAUGACACAGACUGUGCAUAAAUAAUGUGAAGAAAUGUACACUGGGAAAAAGGAGAAUGAAACUAAAGUGCAAAAUAUCUUACCAUUUUAUGAGAGAACUGGUGUGCAGAUAGCUACUGUGUGGCAUCUGACAGAAGAGGUGCUGCUCUUUGCUUCAAGGCAACACUGAGAAGAAAGAAAAUUAUAAACCAAACUAUACCAUUAGUAUUUCAUAUUAACCAACAAGUGACUGUUUAUAACUGUCUUGUUCUAUAUUUUAGCUGUCAAAUAUUAAUUACAAGCUUACACUUUUAAACGUUAAGUGAAAUAUUCUUUGUUAAUACAAAAAAUGAAAACUUGUUUUGUGACAAAAAUCCUACUAAUUUCUCAAACUGUCUCUUCUGUCUUGGCAAACAGUUUUGCAUAUUGUGUCCAUUCUUUUGUUACCUUUUAAAGAAAUAUGUUGUACAGAAAACAAACCUUGCAUUUCAUGUUUUUAAAAAUCUCAAGGCUUUAAUUGUAAUUUAUCUUUCAUGCUGUAGUAUUUUUUGACAUAUACCUGUAAUGUAAUGAAACAAAAGUUUGAUUUUAUAAUUUAACUGGAAACCUACUAAGGAAAUACUUAUUCCACUUAGUUUGAUUUCCCCUUCAUUAACUAAUCUUUAAAUUUCCUAUUUAGUUUAAAUGGAGGUAAUUGCUAAACUCAUGAGCACAAUGUUUAUAUAUUUUGUAAGCCAAACCACACAGCAUUUCAAAUAAAGUAAUUAAACACCAUUCAUAUACACUUCCUUGCUAAAGAUUGUGUUUUUGGUCAUCGGCUACAUCUGGUGCAAGUCACUUU